AUGUUUGUGACUAAGCUUAUGCCCAUAUAUCGAUAUGGUAAAAUGAAAAGACAAAUAAGAAUAACGGGUAGAAGAUCUUUGUUUAACUUCAACCUAGAUAAAAGGAGAAAUCAGCUUCAAUCCAUCCAAACAUAUAAACUAGUUAGGACAUUUGAGACUACCCCGAAACAAGUGUACGAAGUAGUAUCGCAGAUAGAUAAAUAUAGUGAUUUUAUUCCAUAUUGUAUCGACUCCUUUAUUGACAAAAGGGAUUUUAUUACGGGAAACCCAAUAUUGGCAGGCCUGAGGGUAGGGUUUAAGUCAUACGACGAACGUUUUACUUGUAAUGUUAAUUGUCAGGAAUUAACUGAUAAACAAAAUUAUAUUGUGGAAGCAGUGUCAAUAUCCCAUAAUUUAUUUAAAACAUUAUCCACAAAAUGGACCAUUAUCCCAAACCCAAGAAAACAGAAUAUAGCUCAAGUUGAACUUGUAUUAAACUUCCAAUUUCAUUCGCUUCUAUACAACAGUGUAUCAUCAAUAUUCGCUGACAAUCUUACUAAUCUUGCAAUGGGAGCCUUUGCUAAGAGAGCGGUUAGUUUGGGAUCUAAAUAA